CAUAGGCUUAAAAAGAUUCUAAAAUGGGUGAACUCUCAAGCCAAGAACCUCUUCUUUUGAAAAAAGAAAAUGAAUUUGAUUCUCUCAGAAAGACACCAUUUUUAAUCUCAUCAACAAAGUUGAUUCUCAAAGUAUUAAUGUGGGUGAUUUUUAUUUCAUGGGCUGCUUUUAUUUUCUUGUUGCCAACAAAGUUCACUAAUGAAAUUUUUGGGACAAUUGUUGGAGCCACCAAAGGAUCUAUUUUUCGGACAGCAGGUAGCACAUCCUUGUUAUUCAGUUUCCCAAUUAUCAUGAUUGCAUUUCUUGCAAUUAUUCUUCUCGUUGUCUCGGGUGAAGAUCAACCUCAAAUCAAGAAGGCUGGUAAAGGACCAACUUUUAGAUUAUGGACAUUCCCUGUGCUGGUGGAUGGACCAUUUGGGGUUGUUACAGCUGCGGAAAUGAUUGGCGUUAUAAUCUUCUCGGUCUACAUCGUCUGGGCUGUAGUUAUGUAUAGUAUACAGAAUGUUGACAUCUUAUCUUUGUAUCAUUUACCAGACAUGAAAGAGAGAAGUGCUAAGUUGCUGGAGCUGACAGGUCUCCGUUUUGGAUUCAUUGGAUUAAUCUGCUUAGCGUUUUUGUUUCUGCCUGUUGCACGUGGUUCAGUUCUUCUUCGAGCCAUAGAUAUCCCUUUUGAACAUGCCACUAGAUAUCAUGUUUGGCUGGGACAUCUUACUAUGGCUAUUUUUAGCCUUCAUGGUCUAUUCUAUAUUAUUGGCUGGGCAAUUCAAGGGAGACUUUUGGAAGAACUAGUCGGCUGGAAAAACAUAGGAAUAGCCAAUCUUCCAGGAGUUAUCAGCCUUUUAGCUGGUUUAUUGAUGUGGUUGACUUCACUUCCUGGAGUAAGGAGAAAAAACUUUGAGCUGUUCUUCUAUACACACCAAUUGUAUGUGGUGUUUGUGGUGUUCCUGGCUUUGCAUGUUGGUGAUUUCGUCUUCAUGAUGGCUGGAGCUGGGAUCUUCCUGUUCAUGCUUGAUCGGUUCCUUAGAUUCUUCCAGUCACGAAAGACAGUUGACAUACUUUCGGCCACAUGCUUUCCUUGUGGAACCGUUGAACUCGUUAUUUCAAAACCUGCAAAUUUACAUUACAACGCUCUUGGCUGGAUAUUCUUACAAAUACGCGAGUUGUCCUGGCUGCAGUGGCACCCUUUCAGUGUCUCUUCUAGUCCCCUUGAUGGCAAACAUCAUCUUGCGAUUCUCAUAAAGGUUCUUGGAGAUUGGACUGAAAAACUGAAGGGAAACAUCUUGAAUCUUUCUGUAGAAGAAUCUGAGACGGAGCCUCUUUUGCUGCAUAACAGGAAAAUUACAGCUUCUGUUGAAGGUCCUUAUGGACAUGAAUCACCAUACCACUUAACGUAUGAAAAUCUCAUUUUGGUAGCAGGUGGAAUUGGAAUUUCUCCCUUCCUAGCUAUCCUGAGUGAUAUCCUCCACCGUAUCAACGAUAGCUCGCCUUGCCUGCCAAGAAAUAUACUAAUAGUAUGGGCUAUCAAAAACUCAGAUGAGCUUCCACUUCUUGAAACAGUUGACAUGGAGGCAAUCUGUCCACUUUUCUCUGAUAAACUGAAUCUUGAGAUUCAAACAUAUGUGACACGGGAAUCACAGCCUUCAUUGGAGGAGGGUAAAACACCCAAAGCAAUGCACCACUCAAUCUCCCCUGGCUUCAAAGGAUGUCGAAUGUCUGGUUUGGUUGGUACUGGACAUGUCGUAUGGUCUGGAUUAUAUGUCAUAGUAUCCACCAUAGGGUUUGUGAUCACUGUAGCAUUGCUGGACAUUUUCUACAUAAAUCCAUUCAAUAUAACUUACUGGUGGUACAAGGGGCUUUUGUUGAUUGGAUGCAUGACUGCAAGUAUUCUUAUAUUUGGGGGUUUCGUUAUCGCUUUAUGGCAUCUUUGGGAGAGGAAAACCUCAUCGAAGGAGGAACCACAGGACGCCACAAAGAAAGCUGACAUCUUGCAGCAGAAUGAAGCCUCUUUAGACAGUAACUUUGGAGAGGCUCGAUAUGUUAAUAAUAUUCGAUAUGGUCAAAGACCUGAUUUCCAAGAGAUAUUUGGAUCACAUGCAAAGAGCUGGGGAAGUGUAGAUAUUGGUGUAAUUGUGUGUGGUCCUCCUACUCUUCAGUCCAGUAUUGCUAAAGAAUGCAGAAGCCAGAACUUGAAGAGAAGAGGUCGUCAGGCUAUUUUCCAUUUCAACAGCCACAGUUUUGACCUCUAGAUGACACUAGUAAACAUGGGCGGAGCUAGCUAGGGUACAGGAAGGGGUUCAUCUGAAGCCCUUUCGUCAAUGUUCAUAUGUUUAUUCCUUCAUAUUCUGGCUCCGUUAUUGCCAGUAAGCAUCCGAUAACUCAUAUAAGGAGUACUUUUUACUGCUCUAAUGAGAAAAAAAAGGAUCAUAUCAGCUAUAAUAUUAUAUCUCUGAUCCUUGUAGCAUGUAUCUGGUAUCUGCAGUAAACAUCUUGUAAAUUUUCAAUUGUUGUAAAUGCAGCUUUAAAAAUAUACAUAUAUAACAAUAUCAAUGAAAUUUUAUGAAUUUCAUACCA